GCAGUAAUUCAGUCCAGCCUAACUUCAGCUUAACAGUCCAAACCCAAAAAAGCCCUAACAAAACCCUAGCACAGAGAAAUAGCUCCACCACCAUAUAAAUCCCUCGCGCUCCCCAAAGGGAGAGAGAGAGAGAGAGAGAGAGAGAGAGAGACGGCACAAUGUCGAAGCGAGGUCGCGGAGGUUCGGCGGGGAACAAGUUCAGGAUGUCGCUGGGUCUACCGGUGGCGGCGACGGUGAACUGCGCCGACAACACGGGGGCGAAGAACCUCUACAUCAUAUCGGUGAAGGGGAUCAAGGGGAGGCUGAAUCGGUUGCCGUCGGCCUGCGUCGGUGACAUGGUCAUGGCCACCGUCAAGAAAGGCAAGCCCGAUCUCAGGAAGAAGGUCAUGCCAGCGGUCAUCGUCCGCCAGCGCAAGCCCUGGCGCCGAAAGGACGGCGUCUUCAUGUACUUCGAAGAUAAUGCUGGUGUUAUUGUGAAUCCUAAAGGAGAAAUGAAAGGAUCUGCAAUAACAGGACCAAUUGGAAAGGAGUGUGCCGAUUUGUGGCCGAGGAUUGCUAGUGCUGCAAAUGCUAUUGUUUAGGAAAGUUGAUGAAUGAUGAAUGUUUGGAGCCUAAGUUUUGUUUGUUGAAUCUAGACUUUGUAAUGUAUGGCUUCGUUUACAUAGUUGCAGUAUUUGCUUUCGGCUUAGGGGCCAUUGUCUGAACUGAGAGGUUUAUUGAGGUUGAUCUUCUUUUUUAGAGCUUAUGUGAUGCUUCUUUUGGUUAUGCUA